AUGGAGGUUAUUACUAGGGGCUGUGUAGUGUGUAAUCAAGCGAGUGAAGAAUUCACCUUGGUAGCAAAUAGUUACAGGUACUCUCAGUUCUACUCCAACAAGCUAUUCUUUGCCUUGGUCGACUUUGACGAGGCGGGCGAGGUUUUUCAAGCUCUUGGAAUUAACAGCGCUCCGGCGUUCGUUCACUUUCCACCAAAGGGUAAGCCCAAGAAGCAAGAUCAUAUGGAUAUUCAACGACUAGGAUUCUCGGGGGAAGCAAUUGCGAGAUGGAUUAUGGAGCGAACCGAGAUAAAUAUUCGUGUAUUCAGACCUCCGAAUUACACUGGAACAAUGGCUCUUCUAACUCUGUUUGGUAUGGUUGGUAUUCUUGUCUAUCUCAGGCGGAAUAACCUUUAGUUCCUGUUGAACAAGAACACGUGGUGUAUCCUAGCAAUGUUCUUUGUUCUAUCAAUGAUCAGUGGACAGAUGUGGAACCAUAUAAGGGGACCUCCAUUUGUUCAUAACAGUCAGUCCGGGGGUGUUGCAUAUAUUCACGGCAGCAGUCAGGGUCAGUUCGUGUUGGAGACGUACUUCGUGAUGGGUAUGUACGGUAUGAUCGUGAUGGGGGUUAUCCUACUGUGUGAAGCUGGGGAUGAGAAAGUAGACCCAGGGCUACGACGGAUUCAGGCAGUCGCAGGGCUUUGUCUUAUGGCAUUCUUUUACAGUUUGGUUCUCUCUAUAUUCAGGAGUAAAGCCGGUGGUUACCCGUACAGUUUCCUCUUCAAAUAGUUAUGUACAGAGCGGUACAGUACACACUGUACAGGGCGGGACAGUACACACUAUACAGUAUUGCUCUGUACAGAGUUCAAUGAAUACAGUGAUUAUUUCCUCC